UCGCCAGGUAAACUUAAACAGUAGACAUUCGGUCGUCUCUUGGUCAGCUGGUUCUGUCCACCAAUUCAAAAAAAAAAAAAAAAAAAAAAAGUCUAGUCCCAAUGUUUAGGAUUACUGACGCGUUAUCCUUAGGAUUAAAAAAUUAGAAAAAAAAAAUCGCACAUACACACUCCUUUGGGGAAAAAUUAAAUCAAAAAAAUUGAGCGCGGCUCGCGCGCCGCUUUGUGCGCGAGUGCUCAAAAAAAAAAAAUUAUUAUUUUUUUUUAUUGUUUCCAAAGAAAAACGGAAACAUUGUGUAAAGAGGGAACCAAAAGUUCCCUUGGAACCUCCUCCUCCUCCUCAUUUUUUUUUUUUUUUUUUAUUUUGAGGAAGGAAACUAGGUGUGCUCCAAUUUCCCGGUCGGACCGGAAAUGACUAUAUCAUACGCAAGCGAAGUGCCAAAUGGCUCCAGCUUUGGCUGUUUCUGGAGGAUCCUGAUAAAAUGGCGAGGCUCGGUUUAUAAGCUCAUAUGGCGAGAACUUCUCGUUUAUCUUUUUGUUUAUUACAUCAUCAACUUUACCUACAGAUAUGCUCUCAACGAGGAACAACAACGGGUUUUCGAGAAGAUUCGUUAUUAUUUCGCAAAUUCAAGCGAUUCAAUACCAAUGUCUUUUGUUCUUGGAUUUUACGUAUCGCUUGUGGUCAAAAGAUGGUGGGAACAAUAUAAACUUCUACCAUGGCCCGAUAAUCUUGCACUUUUUAUCAGUGCCGCCAUUCCAGGAAAUGAUGAACGAGGUCGUUUGAUGAGGAGGAACAUCGUUAGAUAUGCUGUUCUCGCCUAUGUCAUAACAUUGCAGAGGAUCUCAUUACGUGUUAAAAGACGUUUUCCCACUCUUCAACAUAUAGUCGACGUUGGUCUUAUGAUGGAGUCGGAGAAGAAAAUAUUUGAAAUGAUGAACAAAAAGGCAGCGAUGUCAAAAUAUUGGAUGCCAUUAGUUUGGGCAACAAAUAUCAUUAAUAGAGCAAGAAAAGAGGCAUUAAUCACUAGUGAUCAAGUGGUACAGACACUUCUCGUUGAACUGAGUGACAUUAGAAAAAGGCUUGGAGCACUAAUUGGCUAUGAUACUGUUUGUGUUCCUCUCGUUUACACUCAGGUCGUGACUCUUUCCCUGUACGCAUAUUUUUUCUCUGCACUACUGGGACGACAAUUUACACGUGAAGAGGACGCAAGGAAUGGAAAAUAUGAAGUGCCCGAUAUGUAUUUUCCAUUUUUCACUGCCUUACAGUUUUGCUUUUACGUUGGAUGGCUUAAAGUAGCAGAAGUAUUAAUCAAUCCUUUCGGAGAAGAUGACGACGACAUAGAACUUAAUUGGCUAAUCGAUCGUCACAUCAAGGCUGGUUACAUGAUAGUUGAUGAGAUGCACGAGGAGCAUCCAGAACUUUUAAAAGAUCAAUAUUGGGAUGAGGUGAUACCAAAAGAUUUGCCAUAUACUGUUGCCAGUGAGCAAUAUAGAAAAGAAGAGCCAAAAGGAUCUGCCGAGCUUUACAAAGUCAAAGAAAGUGAUGCUCUUUAUGCGAAUGUAAUGCUCGGUACUCAAUUACAUUCUGUAAAUCAACAUCGUAAGAUGCAUCAAGAUGACAUGUACGCGGAUUACGAAAGUGUCGAUACGCCAUUAGUUGAACGGAGAAAAAAUUGGCUACAACGUCAAAUAACAAGAAUGGGAUCUGUUCGAAGUUCAACAACAACAUACAGCAGUGGCGGUGGAUUUUUUUCACGUAAUCGUCACAAUAGUGUUUACAGUAGUCCCGAAACUGGUGGACUACCAGCGACAAAUAAUCCCAAAAUGUCCCUAUACGAUCGUCUCGUGGGACGAAGAAGCAUUCGUAGUCAACGCAUGGGUCGUCAAGGAACCCUGACGAAAUUGCAAUCAGUGCCAGUGUCAUUAAAAAAUCGACCACGCAUACCAACGCCCGAUGUGACAAAAGAAGUUGUUGAUCGUGAACAACGAUUGGCAAUAUCGGCGAAUAAUGCAGCAAAUAUUGGCGCCGGUGUUGUUGGUGUGAUACCGGCAAAUUAUCCAACUGAUGUAUCACUAGUGGUAUUGUCACCAAUUCAUGAGAAUGAGGGUACACCAUCAUCGGUAAAAGGUGGUACCGCUGCACUUGCACAAGCAGUUUUAACACCAAGUUUAACAAGUGCCGGCCUAGUGACACCGGGAACAUUUAUACCCGUCACAAUGAGUCAAUUAACACAACUUGGCCUCGUCACAACAACAUCAAUGUCCCGUCCACAAAUUCAAGGCGUUGAACAUCAUGAGAAACGUCAGGCCACACUCACUGAGGUAAACACCAGCGAGGAGGAAGGCAGCGGAAGUGGAAGUAGCAGCAACGGAAGUAUAACAGGACAAGAGGAUCGUUCAACGCCUCUAAUUGAGAGAGUGAGUCCAAUUGAAAGUCACGGAAGUUCACCAACAUUUGGCACCUAUACAGAACGUUCGCCAAUUUUAAUAAAUCCCGAGAAACUCGGACAAUUUAUAAUGCCAACAAAUGAAACAAAAACAAUAGCCGAACAACGACUGCAACAAGAUUCAUCUCGUGGUAGACGAUCAACAUCAUUGCCUGGUCCACCAGUAACGAUAACGAAUGAAGAUCGAAGUAUGUCAUUGCCACAUUCACCGGGUCUACAACCACGUGAAAAUCGUGCAGCAUCCGUUACAAGUAGAAGUGAAAAUCCAAAUCUCGAAAGGCUCACGCCAUUAAAGCGAAAGCCUGAGAAUUUUUUGCUACAAGAACCGGCGCGUAAAACAAGCUCAACGAGUGUUAAUAAUGCAUUAACAACAACAACAUCAACAGUUGCACCUGGUCCAUUGUCACCUGUGCCAAGUGCAACUGGAAGUAAACGAAACGAAGUCUAUGUGUGAUGCUGAGUUUUAGGCACUCAGAAAAAAAUUGUUUUUUUUGUUUUAAUACAAAUUUUUUGGUUGGUUCAAAUAAAAUUUGGUGGAUUCGAACAAAAUUUUUUUUAUUCGAACGAAAUCUGUUUUAUUCGAACGAAAUUUGUAUUAUUCGAACAAAAUUUGUUUUAUUCGAACAAAAUCUGUUUUAUUCGAACCAAAAAAUUUGAUUGUUUCACACAAAUUUUUUUCUGAGUGUGACGAUCUUUUUAUUUUUGAUCGUUUAUUGUACGGUGCCUUUAUAGUUAAUAUAAGAAAGAAGAAAGAAAAACAAUCCGUCCAUUUAAAUUUGAAUUAAAAUUCGAAUAAUAAAAUAAUUUUCGAAUAAUAAAUAAACGUUAUAGAAUCCAUUCAAAUGGAUAUACAACUUAAUUAUAAUAACUUAAUUAAUUUAUAUAUGAAAAAAAAAAUUCCUAUAGGAAAUGAUAAAUUUGAUAUUGCGAAUUCUAAUUAUUAUUUUUUUACAUUAAAAAAAAAAAUGUAUUGUCGAAUGUUUUGUAAGACUGAUAUCCUUGGGAUAAGUCAACAGUUUAUUGGCAUUUUUCAGCGAAUCAUAUAAAUACCUACUUGUCUCAUAAUUACUGCGCAAAUGACUUUCAAACAAACCAAAUGAAAAUCAGAAAAGAAUUCAGUAAUUAAUUUUUUUUUCCAAUUUUCAUUUGGUUUUACGUCUAUAAAAACGUAUAAAAAAAGGGUGAAUGACAUUUAUUAUUAUUUUUAUUAUAAUUAUUAUUUUGUGAUAUGAAUUUUCAUAUGAAUAACCACAGUAUAGUGGUUUUUAGCUAGGCAAAAAAGAAAAAAUCGUCACAAUUUAAAGUUGCGACAAUUUCUCGAAACUAAAAUAUUUUUUUUAACGGUACAUUAGUUAUAAAAAAAAAAAAUAAAUAAAUUUUGUACAUAAAAAAAUUAUCUUUGCAAAUUUUUACUGUCAUAAAUUUAUAUCGUGACAGAAAAAUAAUGACUUUAUAUAAUUUUUUUUUUUUAAUAUUUGAUAAUAUAAUUAUUUUAAUAUUUUUCAAUUUUGCACACUGAAAUAAUUGAAAAAGAAAAAACAAAUUUGUAACAGUGUGGUGAAUAUCAAAAUUUUUUCCUCAGCCAUAUUUGCCAUAAUACAUGAAAAACAUUACAUAUUAUUUUUAAUAUUCUAGAAAAUUAAUAUUUGUAACAAAUUUUUAAUUUAAGUUACAAUUUAAAAAAAAAAACUUUUUUGUUGAAAAUAAUAAUAAUAAUUAUUCUUAUUAUUAUUUAUCGCAUCUCA